AUGGCCCACUGUUGCUGGGGGCUCUGGUGUGGUACGACAGAGCCUCCCUCUGUGGGCCCUCAGUGGAGCACGCCAAGGAGCAAACCCAGGUGGAGCGGCUUCCUGGGGUGCGCUGGGUACUUGGUCUCACCGAUAGGGGGCGAGGCUGUCCCGGUGCAGGACCAGGUGUUGUCCCCUGAGGGGCAUUUGAAGCCGGUACACCACCUCGUCCAGAUGAUCCAGGAUCAGGCAGGGCCCCACCCAGCGGCUGUCCAAUUUGGGGCAGCAGCCCUUCUUCCAUUUGGGUUCGUAAACCCAGACAAGCUCCCCCAUUUGGAAAUGUUGACCAUUCUCCCGAACCUCAUAAUUUCUCUUCUGCCGGAUGCCAGCAGCCAGCAGACAAUCCCGGGCGAACCAGUGAGCAGCAUCGAUCCAUACCUAAAAGUGUUGGGGCGUACUCCGGUCCAGGAUGGAGAGCUGCGGCAUCGGAGGGCGGUCAAAAACAAGCUCGGUAUCCAGCCGGAGCUUGUUGCACGGUCGCCCGAGGGAACUCCCUUUGCGAGCGGACUUGUUGUCCCAAGCUCAAGGACAGCUUUGGCAUCCGAAUCCCAAACUCAUGCAGUUGUGGGCUUGGCCCCUGAGCGGGAGCGCCUGUCAGCCUUAGGGCUUUCGACUGCAGUUAUAUCGACCAUCCAGAGUGCGAGAGCGCCCUCUACUAGGUCGCAGUAUGCGUAUAAGUGGCAGCUGUUUCAGAGUUGGUGUCUGGCUGAGAGCCACGACCCAGUCUCCUGUCCUAUGGCAGUAAUAUUGCAGUUUCUACAGAAACUGCUGGAUGAAGGGAAAUCUCCUUCUACACUUAAAGUGUAUUUAGCCGCCAUUUCGGUUUGUCAUGUACGCAUUGACGGGUUAUCACCUGGUUGCCAUUUUUUGGCAUCUCAGUUUCUGAAAGGUGCAAGACGCUUGCGGCCUCCAAGAACGACCAGUUUACCGUCGUGGAGCCUUGAUGUGGUGCUAGAAGCCCUUACCAAGGCACCGUUUGAGCCUCUCCACAGCGUGGAUAUGAAGCUCAUAUCUAUUAAGACAGCUUUUUUGCUGGCUGUGGUAUCAGCAAAACGCGUGAGCGAGUUACAUGCACUUUCAGUGCAUCCUUCUUGUACUCGUUUUGCAGGAGACGGUUCUAAGGUCUCCAUGCGCCCUAAUCCGGCCUUUUUACCAAAGGUUAUAUCCCCGUUCCACAUGAACCAGUCAGUCGAGUUGAUGGCGUUCCAUCCUCCUCCUUUUUCUUCCCCAGAGGAAGAGCGGUUACACAUGCUCUGCCCCGUGAGGGCAUUGAGGUGUUAUAUGGACCGUACAAAGACUGUGAGGCAGACAGAACAGUUGUUCAUAUGCCAUGGUUCUAGAUCUUUGGGUCAGCCGCUGUCUAAACAGCGCCUUUCCCACUGGAUAGUGGAUGCUAUUAAAUUAGCGUAUGAAUCUGCAGGCCUUCCACCACCAGGGCAGUUGAAGGCGCAUUCUACCAGGGGUAUGGCGACAUCCUGGGCCCUCUUUCGAGGGGUGCCGGUGUCUGAUAUUUGCGCGGCAGCCAGUUGGGCUACGCCGCAUACUUUCAUGAGGUUUUACAGGUUAAAUGUACUGGAUUCCUCUGCUCCA